CUUUUUUUUACCCACCGAGAGAGUUCAAAAUAUUGAAGCACGUCGUACUCAUCAAUGGCAUCUUCUUCACAGGCGAAUGUCCCAUAUCUUCGUCGCGACACUAUAGACCAGACGGAGGUUGCUAUCAGCACCUACUAUAGGGAUUCACAUUUUCCGGAGCUGGUUGAAACUUUAAAUGUGGUCGGCGAACAGUGCAAUUCAGAUUUAUUGGGAAGAUUUAGAGCAUCAUGUUUUGGGCAUUUCACUGAUUGGAGGCCCGGCGCGAAGAGCAAUAAAGCAUUACACCAGAUUGUAUCGAGGCAGAUUGUGUCAGAAGAAAAUGAGAUGUGCUUCUUUCUGUGCGGAGCACGAGUCAGAUUUUCCCCUGCGGACUACGCAUUAGUGACUGGGCUCAAUUUCGGGGGAUCGAGGUUCGAUGCGACAUUACAGCACGACUGCAGUCGCGUGGAGGCAUACCGACGAUUCUGCGGUACGCGAAGCAUGACCAUACAGUCGCUCAUCAAACGCGUGUGCGAUUUGGAUAGUCGAGUGGAUGAUGAGGAUGGGAGCCUGUACCUUCGUGCUGUCCUCGUGUGUGUGGCUCACACCCUUGUUCUUGGGUUGGAUGCGCGGGUACAGCCGUGGCUUUGGGUGUUGGUGGAUGAUCUGGCUGCAUUUGAUAGAUUCCCCUGGGGCGCGUAUUCGUAUAAGAUGUUAUGCCAUUAUACGAGAGAGACAGGAAAGGGCGAGAAGUAUCACUUCUACGGUCCUUCGUGGGCUUUAUAUGUCUGGGCAUUGGAGCGCGUCCCGGGCUUCGGACACAUGGUCGCAGCAUCUAGCGGUGAUCCGACAGCGCACCCUCGGUGUUUGAGAUGGACUUUCAGGGGUAAGCCGAAGCUUCACGGUCUGCGCGAUCUAUUCGAGGGACAGGGUGGUGUCAUGCCCCUGGACCCCGAUGCUGACGAUCUGUCGAGUCACUACUUCAUAUCAGCGCUGACACCGGGCGAACUCUCGGUGAGCUUCAGGCCCCCCGACAACCCAUUAGCUCGGGGUGUCCAAUUUCCACAGGGCACCGGAGCCCGUGUUGUGGAGGAGCGCGGGGACGAGGAGGAUGUACCUAGACAGCCUCGUACGACUCGCAGUCACAGUGUCCGGGGCCCUGUGAGGGAUGCUCGACAGCACGAGCCGGCUCGUCAUUCAGUAGAUCCGGGCAAGCGCCCUGUGAGGGAUGCUCGACCCCACGAGCCGGCUCGUCAUUCAGUAGAUCCGGGCAAGCGCCCAGCUCCGCAUACUUCUUCAUCGUCGAGCGGAUCUCGGACUGUAUCCAGUCCCAGCGAGGGUGAGGUGGAUCGUAAGUGGGUGAAGAAGACGAUCCGUCAGGAGAUUAAGAAGGCCUUCGGCAAAUUCGUGGAGAAAUUGAAGAGCAAGGGCAAAAAGGAUAGGUGCAAGAAGAGCAAACAUUUCCGAGUGCCCGACUCCCCUGAUGAUGAUGACCAGCGACGGUCCCCUGAUGAUUACCAGCCACGGUCUCCUCCACAGCGACGGUCUCCUCCACCCAGUGCUUCAGGGCCCGACGCUUCAGAGCCGGCUCGUCAUUCACGUUCCUGCGACGACGACCCCCACGGUGAGGAACCACGCCAUCCAGAGACCCAGGAUUACAACGAGCAGUGGCGGGCCAUGAAUCAGUCUGUUCAGGGCGACUACACACCGGCGGAGCAGACUUUUGACUGGUCGACCCAGGUCUACCCUCAUUGGUCUUCCCCAUUCUUGAAGCCGCAGUAUAGAACAGAGACCCCGAUAUUCUUUGCUGAACCGCUCACUUCUAUUGCACCACAUGAGUGGGGACAGUCCAGUUCGGCAGGACAGGCUCAGACAGAGGAGCCUGAGCCACAGGCAGAGCAGCCACAGGUACUGCUGCUGCAGCACCUAGAGCAGCCGCCGGCAGAGCAGCCGCCAGCAGAGCAGCCGCCAGCAGAGCAGCCGCCGGCAGAGCAGCCGCCAGCAGAGCCCCCGCGUCGCAGUCAGAGGGUGAGGCGUCCGUCUAACUAUCAGCGAUCGCCUUGGGUUAUGCCACGUCCAGUGACACAAGUCUGCAGUGACCAUUAUGAGAAGUGGAUGGCUAGGUGUCGAGAGGGUAGGGGUCGUGAGAUUUAUGUCAAGGCAAGUGGUGGUUUGCGGGAGUACGACGACUUCGCGCGGGUGGAUAAUGUCAGCCAGGAAUUCACAAUUGGGGAUAUUGACUUGUAUUUCUUAAGCUUGAGAAAUAGACUUCGAGCUUCAGCAGAUUUACUGGAUGACAUAUACCUCCAGGGCGAGUGGGACGCUCUAUUGGAGAAGUGGGCAAGAAGUGAGUUUACUCCAGAGGAGUAUCAUAUAUUGACGCAUGGAGCAGUAGCUGAUGGUUGGCAGCCCCGGAUAGACUGGCUCUGCCAAAUACGUGGAAAAGCCGUUAAGGGCCAUGAACUUCCUCCUGGUCAUAUAUGA